GACUGCGGUGGCAGUGGCUCUGUUUGUUGCAGUCGGCUACGCCCUGAGGCUCACCAAAAACAGCCACAAAAACAACCAUUUCCUUUCUGUUGAGAGACAGAGGGGGAGGGAAAAAACCCACUUCCUCACAGCAGAGUUUCUCCUCUCCAGUCUCUUUCACUUGCUGCUCUGACAGUGUAAGAGGAACCGGAGAGGAGCAGAUUCCUCAGGAUACUCCAAACUUCCAGAGCACCUUUGGGAUGAAGGCAUUCACUUCAAAUUUGGCUUGGAUUUUAGAAUGAAGUUUCCUUCUGUUUGUGGGAUGUUCUGAAUUUUGUGGCUGAAAAGGCUUUCAGAGGUGCUGCUUCAUGACUCUUAUGUGAGUCUCUUUCUCUUCUUGCAGCUGCAUUCUGAAGAGCUGAGGCAUUUUGUUUGCAAGCUUUCAGUCUGUUUUCCCAGGAACAAUUCAGGUUUUCCCAAUUCAAGACUGGAUACUCUCUGGCUUUGCCUUGUCCCACAAGGAAUGGACCUCCCUGUUCUUCAGUUCAUUACCAGACUGGCUUUGCUCAUCCAGGUGCAGGAAGGUGGAUAAGGCACAGCUUGGAAGGACAGAGACCUGCAAGCUCUUCUUUGUGCUUGUAUUUUAUGGAAUUCUUCUACCUAUCUGACUGUGUUCUUAUCUGCUUGGUCAGAAACACCUUAGGAGUUGACUUUGAGAAUGAACGGUGAUGUUCUCUAGCCCCCCAUAACAUCAUACUGCAGCUGCCUCCUAUAUCAAGUCCUAUUUCAAUGUGCUGCAGCUCAUCAGGACCUUGGAUCUUCUGCAAAUAGAGACUGGCAGCAGUCAACAGUCAGAUAUGACUGUCCAGAAACUGGUAGCCACAGCUGUGUUGGUAGCUCUGGUCUCACUUAUUCUUAACAAUGCAGCUGCCUUUACUCCCAAUUGGGUAUACCAGACCCUGGAGGAUGGGCGUAAGCGCAGUGUGGGGCUGUGGAAGAUGUGCUGGCUGGCAGAGAAGGGAAGAGGAGGUGCAGGCACGGGCACCAGACAUGGGCAAGGGGAGGAGCGAGAGUGUGAAUCCCUGGGCUGGGGUUCAGAGUCAGCCGGGUUCCAGGAAUCUCGUAGCACUGUCAAACUGCAGUUUGACAUGAUGCGGGCCUGUAACCUAAUCGCUACCGUCGCCUUGACUGCUGGUCAGCUCAUUUUCGUCUUGGGCCUAGUGGAACUGCCUGUUAUUUCACAGGAUGUCCAGUGGUGGGAGGAAGCCAUAGCUGCUGUGUUCCAACUUGCCAGAUGCUACACACCAAAAGCAUAAAUGUCAGAUGAUGCCAAUGUGUUUUCUCUACUUGCAUACCAGCUGACACAAAUCCUCCAGUUUUACAGUGACCUGUGCCAGGCUGAACAGAAUGCUACAGUUUAAAGCUUCCACCAUCCUCAAAUUUGCCCUGUUGCUGUAUUUAUCUGGAUGACUAACUAAAACCUAAGAGACUCAAAAUCUGCCUUCUGUGCAUUCACGAAUAAGCUGGGCACUCCUAGGAACCUCUCAUUUUUCAGAGCGGAUGUCAAUAAUUGCAUGCUUGUCUGUAAUACCUAUUGGAACGAUUGCUGAAGACAGAAGCCUGUAUUUCAAAAGUGGCUUGGCACAAGCGAGGAACCACAACGUACAUUUCUGAAGGGCUAAAUAGAAUUCUGGACCUAUAUCGUUCCACCAUAUUCUGAGCCUCACUCUCGGUUCACUGCAUGCCACUGCCUUGUGACCAAAAUUUCUAACCUAUUACUUAUUGCUAGAUGGUGUAGUUUGAAAACCAAAACAUUAAGUUUAAACAGAUGUAAAUGCAUGCAUUUCAUUCAAGUUUUUCCCUGAAAUGAAAACAUUUUGAUGAGGAUCUGGAUGUUACGCUUUUCCUUUGUUAGGAUCUCCAGGAUGCCCUCCCAUUCCCUUCCUACACUCUAGGCUCUGCUUGGGGAAGUGGAUGAGUCCCCACAUACUUGGCAUAACUAUUCUGAGAAUGCAAUGUGUAUGGCACAAGUCACUAAUAUCUCUAAGAUCUGAGCAUGCAAUCUUCACAACACUCCUCACCACUGUAAACUUGGGCAGCAAGAAUUUAGAGGUCUAAUCGUUCUGUGAAAAUAAACUGUGAAGUCUCUA